CUUUUUAGAUAUAAGUAGCAUUUCUCAAAAGUAAAUACAAACAAAAAAAAAAUAAAAAAAAAUUUCGACAAUGUUAAAUGCGAGAGCACUCAUUCCCAUAGUGUUCAUCGGCUUCUUAGCCAUUUUCAGCCAACUAAUCGUUUGUGCAACUACGCCGUCAGCAGCGGCAACUAAUGUGACCGUUUCGCCAUCGCCGUCGCCUUCCAUUUUGAUCGGUACUUCUCUUGGGGGAACACUGUCACCGGACGGCGACCUACCUUUAAAUGGACGCAAGAUGUUGUCUUGUCAGCCUAGGUGUUUGCCGCUCUGCUUUUGCAGGAACAAGGAACCAAAUCAUGAUCAUCCACAAAACGUAGCCAAUAUUUCCAGCCAGGUAAGCACUUCCGCAGCUACACCGGAGGCGGCCGGUUUCGAGGUUUCAAGUUUGAGUGGUGGUUCUGGUGACGGAGUUCUGACCGGCAAGGAGCAAACCAGGAAUGGACGUAAGAUGUUGGCUUGCUGGCCGUGGUGUUUACCCUUCUGCUAUUGCAAGAAACCCCAACCGACCCAAAAUGUAACUGAUACCGCUCCUAUUCCUCAUUAAAUUACUAGUAUAUUGUCAUUACUGAAGAAUCUAUGUGAAACAUUAUCGUCCAAUA